GUUCCCCUCCCUCCCUCUCCCCCUCCUGUCCUGUGAUGUGUUCUGGCCAGACAGUGUGGCUCCUGGGCGUCAGUGGCAUGAUCAUAGAAACAGAGGCCAAAAAGGACAUUCCUCAUUGUUGGUGAAUCAAGAAAUGAGCUUGGUCAUUUUGCCCUGUUUUCUUCCCUGAAACAGUUUGGAUGAUUGAAACUUGACCAGGAGUUCUAGCCGUGUGAAGAAUAAUCUUCCCUGCAGGAGACUUUGAAUCGAGAGCUGCCAGAUCCCUCCUGUGCCAACCCAGAGAGGGGAUUUAGGGUUUGGCAGGAGUCCAGCUCCUUCACCAGCACUGCUCGGAAGUAACAGUGGAAUACAAAAAACAGCCUGUUUACACAGACUCGCCACGCUGCCUGUUAUCCUCAUAUCUGUGAUUCUUCUCUGCCCUGGCUACUUGCUCUUGUCCUCAAGGGAACAUUUAUCUCUUUAACAGCUCCCAUCAGCUCAUCUCACCUACCAUUUAUUCAUCUCACAAUGAACUCCUCUACAUCCAUUACAUCCCUUUUCUCCUUCACCAGCCCGGCGGUGAAGCGCCUUCUUGGCUGGAAACAAGGGGAUGAGGAAGAGAAGUGGGCAGAAAAGGCUGUGGACUCUCUAGUGAAGAAACUGAAGAAGAAGAAAGGGGCAAUGGAGGAGCUAGAGAGAGCCCUCAGCUGCCCUGGGCAACCCAGCAAGUGCGUGACAAUUCCUCGGUCGCUGGAUGGAAGGUUGCAGGUGUCCCACAGGAAGGGUCUGCCCCAUGUCAUCUACUGCAGGGUGUGGCGUUGGCCUGACCUGCAGUCCCACCAUGAGCUGAAAGCCCUGGAGUGCUGCGAGUUCCCCUUCGGCUCCAAGCAGAAGGACAUCUGUGUGAACCCCUACCACUACAGGCGUGUGGAGACUCCAGUGCUACCACCGGUUCUGGUCCCACGUCACAGUGAGUUCAACCCUCAGCACAGUUUACUGGCUAAAUUCAGAAACGCCUCUCUGCACGAGCCUCUGAUGCCCCAGAACGCCACCUAUCCCGACUCCUUCCCUCCGUUGCCCUUCUCCUCCUCCUCUCCUCCUUCCUCCCUCGCCCAGUCUCCCACCUCACAGAGUUACCCCAACUCCCCCAACAGCUCUGCAGAACCUGGCAGCCCAUAUCACAUCACAGCUGAGAGUCCCCCCCCUCCAUACAGCGUGAUGGAGACAAGCCCUCAAGAGGAUGUGAAGCCCAGUAACUCCACAGAAACCAUUAAACUCACUUUUUCCGCUCCACACAGAGAUUUGCGGCCUGUGUGUUACGAGGAGCCAGAGCACUGGUGUUCCAUAGCUUACUACGAGCUCAACAACCGGGUGGGGGAGACUUUCCACGCGUCAUCCCGCAGCGUCUUGGUGGACGGCUUCACAGACCCAUCCAACAACAAGAACCGGUUCUGCCUUGGCCUGUUAUCCAAUGUCAACCGCAACUCCACCAUUGAACACACACGCAGACACAUAGGCAAAGGUUUACACCUGUAUUAUGUAGGUGGCGAGGUGUACGCAGAGUGUCUGAGUGACAGCAGUAUCUUUGUCCAGAGCCGUAACUGCAACUUCCAGCAUGGCUUCCACGCCACAACUGUGUGUAAGAUCCCCAGUGGCUGCAGCCUCAAGAUCUUUAACAACCAGCUGUUUGCUCAGCUCCUCGCCCAGUCCGUGAACCAUGGCUUCGAGGUGGUCUAUGAGCUCACUAAGAUGUGCACCAUCCGCAUGAGUUUCGUUAAGGGAUGGGGUGCUGAAUACCAUCGGCAAGAUGUGACCAGCACCCCCUGCUGGAUUGAGGUGCAUCUCCAUGGGCCCCUGCAGUGGUUGGACAAGGUCCUCACACAGAUGGGCUCCCCACACAACCCUAUUUCUUCAGUGUCAUAGUUUGGACACCCUCACAUCUUUUGUGGGUGCUCUCAGUCCUUCCCACAGGUAGUUGUAGAUCCGGUAGCUUCUAAUUCCAGAUUUUGUGCUAUGCCCCUCUUUUGAAAUCUCAGAGAAAAUCUGUUACAGCCUGGUUACAUCUUGCUGCAAAGCGUAUUACUGAUUUUCAUUUAGCUAAAUUACAACUCAUGUAGUUAAAUGAGCAAGUGAUUCUUAAUUUCAUGCUAAUGUAUUUCAACUCUUACUCUUUCCACUGGGACAUGUAUGAAAGGUAAUCUUUGCCAAGACGUUAGAUGGCACACACAUCACAUUUCGAGCCCUAUUCAUUUUGCAGCUCAGUAUUUGAGAGUGCAGAGGCAUGGAUUUGUAAGAGUUGCAUGUUAAGUGCUCUCCAAGAUGAGAAAAAAAGGAUAUAUUUAUAGGUACUCAGACUUGUCAUAAAUGUAAUUACAUUGGUAUGUACUGUAAUACCAUGUUUGACUCCAUAUGCUAGUUGUUUCCAUUAAAGCUU